AUUGGAAGUUAAUACAAUCGAUAAGAACAAUGUUCCGCUGUCUGAACGCGUAGUGCUAGCAAUUUUUUUUUUUUUUUUGAAGAUAUUAUGUAAUAUUUGUGUAACCCACGCUUGGACAAGGAGAAUUUAAACGAACAUGGAGGAGGAAGCCUGCAACAAUUUCAAAUCCUUAAGGGCGAAGUUUCAAGAAGAGAUCCAGGCGAGGCACAGACCUAUGGUUCCUGAUAAACCCAAACGCCUCCCAACAUCUGUCACGAGUCGCUCUGGUCUGAUAACCAUGAGCCUUUCUUCAGCUGUGGAGACCAAGGCCGCAGGUCCACGCCGGGUCAUUGUGAGAGAAGACCAGAAAACACCCUCAGGGAGACGCCCUGUGUCUUUCCCAGACAAUACAUCUGAAGUCUGUAGGUCUGGAGAUGGCCAGAACAGGCAGUCACUCAAAGUUCGCCAUUUGCCCCUCGUGUUGCCACUUCCAAGCGAGCCAAAGCAUGAUUCUUCUGCACCUCCUUCAAAGGGCAUCACCUCUCCUUUUAAAUGCAUCAUGAAACCAAUUCCUACACCUUUCAGCUCGGCCAGAGGUUCACUGUGCACUAAAGAAAUAGGUAAAAAUGGUCUGGGGGGUUUGAAAAACAGUGGCACUUUUAAUGUUCAGGUGGAAGAGUCCAGGAGUUCGGGAGCUGGGGACGUCCAAGAGACCAGGGCGUCAAAUCCUGGAUCGCUAGAUCGCUCCGCUUCACCAAACGAUUCGCUGACAGAUUCAUCUUCGGGAAGCGUUACUCAUUUCUUUGACCAGCAUGUCCUGAGCACACUAGAGAAAGCCAAGAGGAAGCUCUGUCAGAGGAACCUGUUGGUGUGCGGCAGACCAAAGGGCUUCUACUCCAGUAAAGCACCAGUGCAGCACACAGAGAGUCCUCCAUCGUCUACUGAAUCUGAGAGUGGUCACCCAGAGCUUUCUCCAUUGAAGGCUAAUGCAACGUCACACAGUACCGUCUCUGUAAUGGUGCAUGGUGCAGUCACGCAGCCUCAGAAAGCAUGCAAACCUCUCCCUGACCCUGCAUCCUUAGGCCCUACACCCUCAAAGCCUCCUAGACCCCCACAUGUGGAUCUGAGCAAAUAUAAGACUGGACUUCAUGUCUGUGAACCAAGCGAAGCACUUAAUACUGAAUCUGUACCUGAGCCUGAGCUUCAGGCCACUGUUAAUGCAUCACUUGAGGACGCAAGCGUUCCUCCCCCUGAAUUUCCAGAUUUUGACAUUUCUGCACCGGAAGCCAAAGAUAGUAAUGGCAUGAAUCUAUUGGCCCUGGACUUCGAGGCCACUGAAUUUCCAGAGCUUGAUUCGUUGCCUCCACCUCCUCCUCCACUGCAAGAUGAAGACGACGGCCUGUGUUCACAGGCUGUGUUGGUCCAGCGGUGUCCGAGUCCUCUUCGUCCGAAGAGCAUGCGUUUAGAAGACGCUCUCUGUCAGUCCUCAGAGGAAGUGAGAGAUGUGUCCAAUACAGAACCAGUGACCUCUGACCUGAGACCCAAUGGAUCACACACUACCUUCAGCCUGAGCAGAGAACACCAGCUGCCAUCACAUCCAGCGUCUUCUAAACAAGAGUGUUUCCAUGAAUCCUUUGAUAAUGUUUAUGAGGAUGUGCAAACAGUCCCCAGGUUUCCAUUUGCUCAGAGCUCUUAUAAGUGUAAAGGAGCUCCUAAGAGUGAGUAUUAUGCCAACAAAACAAAGGAAGAAACAUGGAGGAAUAUAUGGCAUGUCACUCAGUGGUCUAAUGCAGCUGAAGAUCAAAAUGACCAGCAUGAUAGAAAGAAGCAGCUGAGUCCUGAACAUCAUGAGGAUAAAGAGCAGAAGAAGAAAGAGAAGCAGCGUCUGGAGAAGGAGAAGAAAGAACAGAAAGAGAAGGAUAAAAAGAGAAAUGAAAUGCACAAGAAAUUUAAAAUCACUGGACUGGAAGAGCCCAUGUAUCACGCCAGAGUGCUGGCAGACAGCAAACUGAGAAAGUACAACCUGGCCGUCAAAAGUGGGGAUCUCAUCAGCAUCAUCCGAACCGUCAACUGCCCCAAGGGCAAAUGGCUCGCCAGAGACACCGACAACAGAUAUGGCUAUAUAUCUGUGAUGAACGUGGAGUUGAACAUUAAGGAGAUGCUUGAGCUUGGAAAAAAGGUAUCACAGGCCACUGGACGAGGCCAAACUGAUGGAGAUAACCUUAGUAUCAGCAGCAGGUCCUCUCAUCAGAAUCCUGUGCUCACCAGUAGCUUCACUGAUGACAGCGAGGAGUGGAUGUAUGAAGAUGACACGCUCUCGCUGUCUGCUGAAAAUGCGAGUCAGAUCAAAGCUUCCUCUAUGCCUGAGCUGUUUGAUGAUAACUCUUCUGCUCCUCAUCCUUUCGGUGACUGGAGUAUUGAAGACGUCCAGACACAAGAGGCAGAAACCUUCCAGUUCGCAGACAUCGAUCUCCUGCCUCCUCCAGCUCUCUACGCUGACUCUCUGUGAGCUGCGUCUGAGUGACUUUGACGGCGUUCCUCUAUCAAUACCAAGGAAAAAAGACAACUUAGUGUAGCAUUUUGAUAAAUAAUAUCUUCAAUGUUGAAGUGUGAGCAAGCAGUGGUAGACUGACGGUGAAUGACAAAACAAAGACAGCUUCGGGGUUUUAAUGAAAUGGGGAUGUGGCACUUAUUCAUAUGAAGUUGGUGGUCUGAUAAUGUGUUUGUUUAGUAAUGAAACUUGUGAAAUAAAAUACAAAAUAAAUGGACGUGUGUACAGCA